AUACUGAGAGUACAGAAGCCUUAUAAAAUGGGAGAAUUUGUACCAACUUUGUGUGUUUUUAAGAAUUUGGGAAGCCACUGAAUCUUUCCUCUGAUUAGAUAAUGGAUAACAAUUCAAGAAACUGGAGAUGUGCAGAAAAGGGCCAAUUGCUUGCUAUUUGUGCUCUUCUUUUACUGCAAAACUUUCUGGUCUUCUCUCAGAAAUUUGCAGAAACAACAAGCUCAGUGCAUAUUGUAUACAUGGGAGAUAAGAUGUACCAUAAUCCAGAAAGUACUAAAAAGUAUCACCACCAAAUGUUAUCUUCACUCCUAGGAAGCAAAGAAGCUGCAAAGAGUUCCAUUCUUUAUAGCUAUAAGCAUGGAUUUUCAGGGUUUGCUGCAAGAUUGACAAAAUCUCAAGCAGAGGAAAUAGAAAAGUGUCCCGGGGUUGUUUCUGUGAUUCCAAACCGCAUUCACCGACUCCAUACAACCAGAAGCUGGGACUUCAUAGGGAUUCAUCAUUCCUCCUCAAAAACUGUUUUCACUGGAAGCAACUUAGGUGAAGGAACCAUCAUAGGUGUUAUAGACACAGGGAUAUGGCCAGAGUCUUCAAGUUUCAAUGAUGAAGCAAUGGGAGAAAUCCCAUCAAGGUGGAAAGGAGCUUGUCAAGUGGGAGAGAACUUCAACUCCACCAACUGCAACAAGAAGAUAAUAGGUGCCAGAUGGUUCUUGAAAGGAAUGCAUGAUCAUACUAAGAAGCUCAUCCAUGGAAAUGGCACUAGUGAAUAUCUUUCAGCUCGCGAUGCUAUUGGCCAUGGAACACAUACAGCUUCAACAGCCGCAGGGUAUUUUGUAGGGGAUGCAAAUUACAGAGGACUUGCAUCUGGUUUAGCCAGAGGAGGAGCACCUUUGGCUCACUUAGCUAUCUACAAGGUUUGUUGGGACAUUUCUGUUGGAUCUUGCAGUGAUGCUGAUAUCCUGAAAGCAUUUGACAUGGCUAUACAUGAUGGGGUGGAUGUCUUAACUGUUUCUCUUGGGGUUGGCAUUCCUGUGUUUUCCUAUGUUGAUCAAAGAGACACAAUAGCAAUUGGUUCCUUCCAUGCAACUGCAAAAGGAAUCACAGUUGUCUGUUCAGCUGGGAAUUCUGGCCCCAUGUCUCAGACCGUUACAAACACUGCACCUUGGAUCCUUGCAGUUGCAGCUACCACAAUAGACAGGGUCUUCACAGCAGCCAUUACACUUGGAAAUAACCUAACUGUGUGGGGACAAUCCAUUGAUGCUGUAAAACAUAACCUUGGAACUGUUGGCCUAACAUACUCCGAAAGAGUUGCUCUUGACCCAUCUGAUUAUUUAGCCAAGGAUUGUCAGUCUGGAAGUCUGAAUGAAACAUUGGCAGCAGGCAAAAUUGUUCUAUGCUUUUCAGUAUCAAAUCAACAGGAUAUUGUUUCGGCAUCACUUGCUGUGAAGGAAGCUGGAGGAGUUGGACUCAUCUAUGCACAAUAUCAUGAUGAUGGACUCAAUCAAUGUGGUUUGAUUCCAUGUAUCAAGGUAGAUUAUGAAGUGGGGACACAAUUAUUAACUUAUAUUAGAAGAUCAAGCAGGUUUCCAACUGCAAGUCUAAGUUUUCCAAAGACUGUGAUUGGAAAAUGGGUAUCUCCGCGAGUUGCAUCUUUCUCAUCUAGAGGACCUAGUAGCAUGUCCCCGACGGUGCUUAAGCCUGACAUAGCUGCACCAGGUGUGGACAUUUUGGCUGCAUUUCCACCAGAGGGCACUUCAAAGAGCAGUGGAUUUGCAUUCUUAUCUGGAACUUCAAUGUCUUGUCCCCAUGUAGCAGGAAUAGCAGCUCUCAUCAAAUCCAAACACCCAACUUGGUCACCUGCUGCCAUAAGAUCAGCUUUGGUAACAACAGCCUCCCAAACUGGAACUGAUGGAGGCUUAAUAUCUGAAGAGGGUUCCACACCGAAGUCAGCAGAUCCAUUUGAUAUUGGGGGAGGGCAUGUGAAUCCCAACAAAGCAAUGGAUCCAGGACUCAUAUAUAAUAUCACCACUGAGGAUUAUAUCCAAUUCCUAUGUUCCAUGGGUCACAAUAGUGCAUCCAUUAGCAAAGUGACCAAGACCACCACAAGUUGUAAGAAAGAAGAACACCAAGCACUGAACCUUAACAUUCCUUCCAUAUCAGUUCCAAACCUGAAGAGGGCUACAACAGUGAUGAGAACAGUGACAAACGUGGGAAACAUAACUGCAUUGUACAAAGCUCUAGUGAAGGCUCCUUAUGGCAUAAAAGUGAGAGUUGAACCUCAAAUUUUGUGUUUCAAUUCAGAAAUCAGAGUGCUUACCUUCAAUGUCAGUUUCAAUUCAACUCAAAAAUUGCAUAGUGGUUACAGAUUUGGGAGCCUAACAUGGACAGAUGGCAAGCAUUUUGUGAGGACCCCAAUAGUUGUGAGGACAUUACAAUUUGAAUUAUAAGUGGAUGUCAACUAACUACAAAAGUUCUUGCAUGAACUAAAUAUAUAUUCUUUUAGGAAAGAUGACAACCUAUUCAAGGCAUGAAACAUUUACAAGGUUUCGAGAUUGAAAAUGUUUCUUGAGAUUGAAACGAGCAAUUUAUUUAAUUUAGCUUUUCAAUAAAAUGGUUGCUUGACACUAAUUACAUAUCGUAAUGUAAGAAUAAAAAAUAAAAGAUCAUUAAUGCACACAAUUGCAUACACAAUGACUCAAA